ACGCAGGGGGCGUGGCCUGCUCAACCUGUGAGCGCACUGAUGUUUGAGGGACGCUCGCAGACGCUGAAUCACAGAGAAGGAAAUGUGAAGCGGGAUCGAGUUUUUCCACCGGCUUUGAAAACGGGAAAGCGCGUGUCGAUGAUUCUUACAGCGGCUUGCCACUUCUGUGAUCCACGCGGAGCCCGAAGCACUUAAAGAUGAUGCUCAACUUCUUCCCGGUGCGGAAAUUCAAGCGCAACGGCAGAUAUAUUGUGUUUGGGGCGGUGCUGACGGUCGCCUUACUGGCGGCUUAUCUGGAGUUCAUGGCCAUGAACGAGUGGAGCAGCCCCGGUGUAACCGUCCGCAGUGAAAGCAUCUCCUGGGCAAACGCUGCUGCUCGACGUGCGGCUCACAUCUCUGAAGAUCACAUCUCCAACAAUAAACAUGAUAAAAACACCUGGACACCAAAAAACACUCAACAGACAUGGAGGGUGGAGUAUAAAGGAAUGGCGAAUCUUCACAUAUUUGAGGACUGGUGUGGCACGUCUAUAUCACAACUACAGAAGAAUCUACAUUACCCUUUAUAUCCCCAUACUCGUACAACUGUGAAGAAACUUGCUGUGUCACCCAGCUGGACUAAUUAUGGACUUAGGAUAUUUGGAUAUAUACAUCCUUAUACUGAUGGUGACUUUCUGUUUGCAGUGGCGUCUGAUGACAGCAGUGAGUUCUGGCUCAGUGAAGAUGAGAAUCCCGACAAUCUGAAGCUCCGUGCUUACGUCGGAAAGACAGGCAGAGAAUGGACUGCCCCAGGGGAAUAUGGGAAAUACGCCAGUCAGAUAUCAGAUCUCAUUCCUCUGCAAAAGAACAACAAAUAUUUCUUUGAGCUUAUCCACAAACAAAACGAUCGAGGAACGGAUCAUGUGGAGGUUGCGUGGCAACUCAAACAGAUCGCGAGUGGAUUUUCAAUCAUCGAUUCCAAGUUCAUCUCCCUCUACACCAAUGAGUCCUCACUGAAGACAGCAGAUGUCAAUCACAUUCCUCAGACCUUUGCCAGUCAUGUGACUCCGCCCCAGAGGUCAUCUGAGACUCCGCCCCAUGGAGUAGACAUGCUGAGGCCAGACUCACGUGACUCGUUUCAUCAAGUUCCAUUAUUGGACAGGGAGCGUUUGCAGGGAGUUUUGCCUGACUGUAUUUAUAACCCCAGCUACAUCAUAAAGGGAUAUCCUCUAAUGCGCUACCAGGGCCUGCAGUUCGUGCACCUGACGUACGUGUAUCCUAAUGACUACACACGGCUUACACACAUGGAGAGCGAUAACAAAUGUUUCUACCGUGGGAAUCCAUACUACCUGGAAAGAUACGGCUUUUCAAACUACAUUCAACUGGAUUUGCCUGAAAAUGAGGAGAUAGUCAUCAAAUACAAAGGAGAUGGCAUGUUAGCAAGAGCCAUGAACCUGGACAGAAAUGACGAUGAGGGCUUUCAGAAAGCUGGAAAGUAUGAGGAGAAGCAGCAAAUGAAAGCUAUGGAGAAGAACAAGGUUCUCCCGGAUUAUGGAGAUGAUUUUGAUGAUUAUUCAAUGCAGAGACGCCGGAAACUGUUUUCUGUUCAGAAACAUGGCAGAAUCAGAAAAAAGAGGGAAGACGGGGAACUAGACAACAGAUUUCAACAGAUGGACCAAGACAACCAACCUAAGGAAAUCCAACAACCACCUGUAGAACCACAGAACCACCCAGAGGAACCACAGCAGCAACCAAGAAAGAAGAAGAAAAGGAGACAUUCUGAACAAAACCAACAGGACCAACACUUCCUCCAAAACCCACCUUCUGAGGUGAAGAGCUAUGACCAGGGAAAAGAAAAAGACUCACAGCGGUUUCAGAAUAACGCCAUGAAGAAGAUACCUGACGAGCAGAAUCCAGGACCAGCUCAGAGAGAAGAUCGCUUGAGGUCAGAGGUGAAACAUCAAGUGGACCAAUCGCUUAAUCAGGAUGGUAGAGUUGAGCUCCAUCUGCGUAAAGCCAAAAACAGCAACAGUAGUGAUGGAAAUCCAAAUCUUGGUGCUGUUGGAAAUAGAAAUAUUCCCAUGGAGAACAUACGAGAAGCCAGUGAGUUGAAGCAAAGAUCAGUGACCAGCCCUGCCAUGUUUAAUGAGGUCCAGAGGGAACGUCAUGACCUUGUGAAUCGGAUGGGUAAUCAAAAAGUCUAUCUUGGAGAACAUGUGGACAAGGCACCCAAGAACUCAUUAGAUGAGGUGAAAGUAAAGAAGGCAAAGCUGAAGAACACUGCAGAUGAACUGCCAUCCUUGAAUGGGAAUGUAGUCGAAGCUGAACCGAUGAAGAGGCUCAAACACCCAAAACAUAAAGCAGAUGAAGGCGGGCAUGUUUUGCAGGACAAUCCCGAAAAGGCUGUAGUAGAUGACAACAAUAUUUCCAUCAAGCACAAAAAUGUGGCUCAUCAUCUCCAAAUAACCCAACAUCCUCCCCAAAACUCAUUGGAUAACGAGACCAAUGAGCGUAAGGCGUUGGUCAUCGCGGCUCCAUCUAACAAAGAAUAUAACAACAGCUGGGGUCACGUGAAUGAUGCCAGAAAGGAAAAGGAGAUUCAGGAUAAUGCAAUACAUAUAGAAGAGGUUGAAGAUGGAAGAGAUGAAGAAGAAGCUUGGGUGAAUCAGGGUUUCUCGGAGGAAGAAGACUAUGAACUCCUCAAGAGGGCCGUGUUUGACGUGGAAGUCAAGUGGUCUCAGACGUUCCAGGCCAAACCUCUAGAUCUGCAUGCCUUGCGCUCCGACUGGAUCGAUCUGAAGUGUAAUGUGUCUGGAAACCUGCUGCUUGAGGAAUCAGAAGUGUUGUCUGUAGUGGAAGCUUUCAUGACGAAACUAAACAAGAAAUUUCCAAGGCAGUUCUCUCUAGAGCGUAUUGUGAACAUUGAGAAGAAGCCUGAUUAUAAUCGUGGCAGUAGAUAUCUACUGGAACUGGACUUGCAGGAGGCUUCAGGACGCCACCUGCGCCUGGUUCAGUACAUCUAUGUGAAAAGAACUGAAGAUCGGGGUUCUGGCAAAAAACAAAAGGCUCGGGAUGCAGAACUUAAACUUUGCAAUCCAUAUAGCUUCUACUGGAACCCGACUGCUACUGUCCACUUCAUCGUGCCAGUGAAGAACCAGGCCCGUUGGGUGCAGCAGUUUAUUUCAGACAUGGAGGAAAUGUACCGCACCACUGGAGAUCAGAACUUCAACGUCAUCAUUACUGACUAUGAAAGCACUGAUAUGAACAUAGAACAAACACUACAGAACUCUUAUUUACCCAGGUAUCAGUACCUCAGGUUAAGUGGAAACUUUGAGAGAUCAGCAGGACUGCAGGCAGGAAUUGACCUCAUUACUGAUGAUCACAGCAUUGUGUUUCUUUGUGAUCUGCACAUUCAUUUCCCACCUGGUUUCAUCGACAUUGUGAGAAAACACUGUGUGGAGAGACACAUGGCCUUUGCUCCGAUAGUCAUGAGACUGAACUGUGGCGCUACACCCCUGGAGCCUGAUGGUUAUUGGGAGGUCAAUGGCUUUGGUCUUCUGGGCAUUUAUAAAUCAGACCUGGACUCCAUUGGGGGCAUGAACACCGAAGAAUUCACUGACCGCUGGGGCGGAGAGGACUGGGAACUACUGGACAGGAUCCUUCAGGGUGGGCUGGAGGUGGAACGACUCUACCUGAGGAACUUCUUCCAUCACUUUCACUCAAAGCGUGGAAUGUGGAACCGCCAGAUGCUGCGCAACACGUAAGGAUGUUAACAGUCUGGCCGCUGCUGAUCAGCGGUUACCACGGCACUUUAAACCUCAGGACAUUCCAGAUGUGUUCCAGAUCACAUCUGGCUGAAGGUGAAUGUGGGGUGAUCGUUUAAUGGCAACACACACAGAGACUCAGGACAAAGACGUCUGUGAUGUUUGGGUUGAAGAUGAGUUAUAUAACACUGCUACAUCCAGACCUCUCCGGAUCAUUUCCAAGCUUGGAAUGUUUCUCCAAAGCUAGCUAUCAAAAAACGUUAAAGGAACUGAUACAAGUUAUUGAUGGCUUCAGCAUCUCUUUGUUGCUGUUGUCGCUUCCAGGUCAAUAAAAUGCCUUCAGUCACGUCUGGCUGAGUAUUCUGUUCUGGCAGACAGAAAUGUGACGUCCAGUGAGAUGUAUAUACUGAGAAAAUGUGUAUUUAUUCAGGCAGGUAAGUGUCUUGGGUGAGGGUUGACUUUGCACAUUGUUACAUAAUGUUUUAUGCUGUGUGACCUCUUAGGGACUGAAAGAAUCAGUGGCCAAAACCAAAGAGAUGUGCAAUAUUCAGAGUGUGUUGGUUUAAGAAAGUCAAUUCAUUCAGGUUAGAAAUGCUGUUCUGUUUUCAAGUCAAUCUCACAAAGCCCGUCAAGAACAUGUCUUGGUCAUAUAUCGUCCUCAAAAUACAAAAGAAAUUACAUUUUGUUAAAAGAAUAGGUUUUCAGUAAUUUUCAUAAAAAUCAAGCUCCCAAAAUGUACUCCCAAAUUCUCAUUACUGUAAUGCAGACAAAUAGCCAUAUUAAAUUCAAAGUAUGCAUAUGUCAUGGCAGCAUUGGCCUUAAAAAUAAAAUGUCUUCAUAUUAUUCUUACUGUAAUACAAUACAUGAAAAUGAUUAGUAUAGAUGUGCUUAAUUGUUAUUUAACAAACUGUCAUAGUACCUUCAUUCAAGGCUUAGUUAUUGUUAUGCAAAAUGUAAUUUAUUUUGAAGGAAGGUAUGAAAUGAUCUAGCCAUGUUUUCUGUGAUAUUUGCCAUUUUGUAGCGGUAUUGAAGGUGUUUUAAAGCUGAAAAUGCUCUUUUUGUACAAAUGAACGGCAUUUUCCAGCGUUUUCCAGUUUCAUUCCAAUGAGUAAACCUGUUGAUUUAGACUGAUUCAACCCUGUACAGUAUUACUUAAAACAAUUCUAAUAUUCAUCAAACACACAAACAGUUUCAGUUCUUUUCUAUAGGGUUCUUAUUUGGUUUAUGAGCUUGUACUCUAAUGAAUUCCGUGCUCGCUCAAACGUGCCUUCUGCUGUAUGUAAUUAGGAGAAAGUCAGAUGGAAAUAUCUACUGUACUCUCUGUUUUGUGUUGGGAUUUGGCGCUGUUUUUAGAGUGUUUUUUUGUUUUUAACCCUUGUGGUCGGUUUGUUUUUUGGUGGGCUUUUUUUUUUUUUUUUUGUUAAAAAGGAUGUAAUGUAUUGUAGAUGUGACCUUCACAUAGUGUGUUACUUAAAAAUCAAGUUGUUUAUUUAUUUUUCUACAUAUUUUGUAAGCAGCAAAAUGGAAAUGACCUUUAAUUCAUUUAUGCAGAUCACCAGCAACCUUAAAAUAAAAUGGUUCUUCAGAUUUCUUCAGUGUGUUUUAUUUGUUAUAUAAUCAAUAUCAGUAUCACCGGUUUUUGAGCAUUAAUCAAAUAUAUUAAUUAGUUUACUGUCUGACUGCAGCAUUACAUACUGCCAUUGAUGUUUAUUAUUCUCUUUAUCUUGUCUGUUGGCAUGUUAGCUUCAUCAUUCCUGUGUUCCAUCACUCCAUUGUUACGUAGGUUAAUCCCUGUCUGUUGUGCCAGACUCCAGAAAUAGCUGC